AUGAGAGUGGAGGGACGGGAGAGAGUGGAGAGGGUGGGUUUAAAGAGAAAGAGAGUCAAAGGUUCGGUGACAGGUACACGUGGGGAGGCCUGGAAGGUGGGUUCCAUGGAAAUAGAUGGGUAUGAUGAGGAGGGGAACGUAGGGUGGUGGGGUCUAAUAAACAAAGAGGAUGGGACCCACUAUGGGUUACGUCUGGUCGGUCUGAUUGCAUCAUUUGUACGUUGA